AUGCCUCCCGCACGAUCAAAGAAGAGAUUCUCAGACGAUAUUGAUCAGUCUACCACAAUGCAAAAACAGACGAUACCUACCAAAACGGGCACCCCCCCAAUGUUGAGCAGUAGCCCAAGCAAGAGGCAGAGGCUCGGAAUUACGCUGGAACAGAAGCAGGCGAUUAUUGACAACUUGCAACUUGAAAUCACGGAUCGCGCCAGAAGACUACGCGCACAAUACAACCAGCAAGCCCAGACUCUGCGAUCACGCAUUCAGAUGCGUGUCAAUCGCGUACCCCGAUCUAUGCUGAAGAUGACCAUGGCCGACUUGGUAGCUAGAGCCGCCGAACAGCAAAAGCGUCUUGAAGCAUUAUCGCGCCCACCUCCAGUGCCUGAGAAGGACUUCCCUCCACGGUCAAGUCCCCAGAAGCUCGCACCCCCACCGCGAUCCACAAAGCGAUUGAGCGAUGCCAUAACAGGCGGAGAUAAGGAGAAUGAGCAGAUCGUAAACCCUAAGAAGAAGCACCGGGCAGGCCCUUCCACGACUGCUUUGAGCUCGUCUCAAAUUCUGUCGCCAACAUCGUCCAAUACUCGAUCCUUGAUCCGUGACCGACCUCUAUCGUCUCCAUCGAAAUCUCAUGUUGGCCGACCGCCGUCAUCUCCAGUCAAGCAGCACAAUAGUGCUCGUUCAGCACUAUCUAACAUGGUAGAAAAGGCAAAAAAGAGCAGCCGUCCAGCCGCACAGCGCGCGUUGGCAUCCUCUACGAACAGCUCAAACGCGUCGGCCCCUAUAAACGCGUCAGCUCCUGCGACUACACGAACCAAGCGGGCCAACACGACAACAGCGGCCAAAGCACCUUCUCGACCGGCGACGCGGACAGGCAAGCGAGUGAGCGACUCCAGCGAGGGUAGCACGGGAACUGUUGUCAAAAAGACGGCGGCUGCGGUGCCCACCACUACGAAACGGACGGUUAUGGGUGCAAUUAGGAAGGGUGUUGGAGCCGCGACGACCAGAAAGCCAGCAGCCCCAAAGUCGGCACCAGCGUCCACAUCAGGGUCAACCAGGGUGUUGCGGAAGAGAGCAUAG